GAUUUUUUGAAUACGAGUCCGAUGUUCCGGGAUAUUAAUAUACCCUCGGCUAGACGCUUCAAUCCAAUCGUUUGAUUGACAAGGGCAAGGACGUCUGGAUUUAGAAGAAUUUGCCGAAAAAUACUCAACAUGCCAGUGAAAGCAGUGAAAGCUCGGCAGAUUUUUGACAGCCGUGGCAACCCAACUGUGGAAGUUGAUGUCACAACUGAAAAUGGUCUGUUUCGGGCAGCUGUCCCAAGUGGAGCAUCUACUGGCAUCUACGAGGCACUCGAGAUGAGGGACAAGCAAAAAACUUUCCAUGGAAAAGGUGUUAUGAAUGCUGUCAACAAUGUCAAUAAAAUCAUUGCGCCUGAACUGACCAAAUCAGGUCUAAAUGAGGAUGACCAGACAGCUGUGGACAACUUUCUGCUCAAGCUUGAUGGCACAGAUAACAAAUCCAAGCUUGGAGCCAACGCUAUUCUUGGGGUAUCGCUUGCUGUGUGCAAGGCCGGGGCGGCGAAGAAGGGAGUUCCCCUGUACCGUCACAUUGCUGACCUAGCUGGAAACAAGGAAGUUAUUCUUCCCGUGCCAGCGUUCAAUGUGAUCAACGGAGGCAGCCAUGCAGGCAACAAGCUGGCCAUGCAGGAGUUUAUGAUUCUACCAACAGGGGCCUCCUCUUUCACCGAGGCUAUGCAGAUGGGAACAGAGAUCUACCAUCACCUGAAGGCUGUCAUCAAGAAAAAAUAUGGACAAGACGCCUGUAAUGUUGGUGAUGAGGGAGGAUUUGCCCCAAACAUUCUUCAGAAUGAUGAAGGACUGGAACUGCUGAAGACAGCCAUUGAGAAAGCCGGGUACACAGGCAAAGUUCAGAUUGGCAUGGACGUGGCUGCAUCAGAGUUCUGCAAGGAUAAGAUGUAUGAUCUUGACUUCAAGAACACGGAAUCCAAGAAAGAAGACUGGAUAAGCUCGGACAAGCUGGGUGACCUGUACCAGGAUUUUAUCAGCAAGUAUCCGAUUGUCUCCAUUGAGGAUCCCUUUGAUCAGGAUGACUGGGAUGCUUACACCAAACUCACCGGCAAUGUCAGCAUUCAGAUUGUGGGGGACGACUUGACCGUGACAAAUCCCAAGCGUGUGCAGACUGGUAUUGACAAAAAGGCCUGCAACUGUCUCCUGUUGAAGGUCAACCAGAUUGGCAGUGUUACUGAAUCCAUUCAGGCGUGGCGUAUGUCCAAGGAGGCUGGCUGGGGUGUGAUGGUUUCCCACAGGUCUGGAGAGACAGAGGACACGUUCAUCGCUGACCUUGUUGUUGGACUGUCUACUGGACAGAUCAAGACUGGAGCCCCCUGCCGGUCCGAACGUCUAGCGAAGUACAACCAGAUUCUGCGUAUUGAGGAAGAACUGGGCGACAAAGCCAAGUAUGCUGGACAGUUUUUCCGCUUUCCAUACGGCAAGGUGUAAAUCUCGGCCAUCUCUUAGCAGACAUCGAAUAGCUUGAUAUGUCUGUAUACUGUGAAAUUGUUUAUAUUUGUGGCAAAUAUUUAUUUAGUCAAGUUAAAGUUGACUUCCUAUCAGUUAUGUUAAGACACUCUAAAAGAAUGAUGGAUAAUUGACACAACUGACACUGCAGUGGUCAUGAUUGGUGCACAUUCCUAGCAGUUUUAAAGUUAUGAUUAAGUAAAUCAACGAUUAAGGAAAUGAUGGAUAAAGUUAAUUACCGGCAAAAUUAAUAAAUUCACAGUAUUUUUGAAAAUGAGAGUGAAAUGAUGAUUGGGUUUGGCAUUUUUGUUUUUUCUUGCUGUUUCAGACUUUGAUCGAUAGAUUUUACAAUUGAAAGUUAUGUAACUUUGUUGAUGUAUUAAAUGUACAUUGCAUUUGAAAGUGCUUAAAGAUAUUGUUAAUGUGCUAUUAAUUGUACCCAUUUUCUUUUGUUAUUUGUUUCUACACAUUGUACUAUGUCAGUCCUGUUCAUAAUAGCUGUAGUGAACUGAACAGUUCUUGUUAGAAUGGUAAAACAAAUACUGAGGUCAAGAUGAUGGGAAGCCCGCAGUGAAGCCAGACACAAGUUAAAUGAUUACUGGACUUAUUCAAAUUUUAAAUAAUACAUAACUGUGGAUGUUGAGCAACUCGAGUUUUAAACAUACAUGUAAUGCAAAGUCAGGGCUUGUUGACUUGAAUCAGAUUUCGAUGACCGCAAACCAGAAAAUAGAAAGCUUAAGUGUAGAAAAUUCUGUUUUUUUUUUUUCAUUUGAACAAUUGUUAGCUUUAGAACAAUCAAGUAUUUUAAGAAUCUCUCAUAAUUAUGUCUUGUGCUAUAUGUGUCAUCUCGCAAGAUCAGACUUCAAUGUUCUUAUUUAUUUCUAUAUUACAGCAUUUCGGAUGCUCUUGUAUUAGGCAAACUAAGUUGUAAUAAAUUGUGUAGUGACCAUUA